AUGGCCCCAAAAUUAGGCAUAUACGCGAAGGAGGCUCGCGUAUGCCAGAAUUGUCAUAAAUCGCAAACCGAAGUCAAGUUGCUGAGCUGCAGUAAGUGCAAGCUGAGCCACUACUGCAGCCGCGAAUGCCAAGUCGCGCACUGGCCGUCGCACAAGGCGCAGUGUAAGCUGAACGCAGAGACGAGAGAAAAGCUGAAGGCACGAUCUAUCGGUGGCGAUCAACCAGACAUCGUCGAGAUCAACCGCAAAUUCAAGGAAUGGCAGCAGAUCUUCCGCCCCCUGUUCCACCACACGCAAUGCAGCGCGCUCGACCUCUUCUCCGACCCGCACCGCGCCUCCACGCACCUCCUCCACGUCGUCCUCACCCUCAACCCGCGCCCGCGCAAGCCGCACAGCGCCGCCUGCGCCUUCCUCGUCCAGGACGUCAUCGUCCUCCCUAUCGACGAGUUCUUCGAGAUGCUCCCGCCGCCCGUGCGUGCGCAGCUCGAGGUCGCGCGUGCCGACCAUCAGGAGCAGACGCGGCAGAUACGCAGGGUGAAUCCCAACGCGCCGGGUAGUGCGCUGAUGAUUGCGACGCUGGAGGGGUACCAUAUUACGAGGUUGAUUCCGGCGAUUUUCGAGGACCCGCCGGCGGAGUAUAGGGAGUACGACCCGGACUGGGAGAUGAUGUUCAGGGAGCAUGUUGCGUUGGGGAAGAGGAUGUGA